AAUCACUACACCUACAUGUGUACUAGAGUAAUAAUCUCUUGAAAUGUCUGUAUUGCAGAAUUGUCAGUGUGGCUAUACAUUUGUGGUCCCUCCAAGUGUGCCACAGGUCAGGCAGGUUGGUGUGUCAAAGUUCACUACAAAGUUAAAGUCUGUCUAUUGCAAUUCCUAAGAGAUAAGUAAGAUAGACAAUCAAAAUGCUUCUAAAGUGAAGCUCAUUUCUAACACGCUGUAUUGGUUCGCAAAAUUGAACACAAAAUUCUCGAGAUUACAUUUUUCCUGCAUUCACCACUUAACUACCUGUAUAGCCUAGAUGUCGAGAGCACUGGCAACAACCCUUCAAGAAUGGGACAUUCAGGAGAAAGAAUUUCAGCAGAUUCAGGAGACCCGUCGACUUUACAUGCAGAAGUUAGAUGAAGUCUCCAAGCUUCAAAAGAACUUUGUUGCCUCUGUAGCUCUACUAAAGAAGAAUUUGACACCGCUAUCCAAAUCAUUGAAGAAAUGCAAUAAAGGUCUGACAGAAGAGGAUAAGAACACUGUGGAGAAGGUCAAAGUUCACGUUCAGGAUAUGCAGAACAAUUUAAAUCAAAUGGAGGCAUUUCUUCCAAAGAAAAAUGGGCUCUAUCUUAGCCUUGUCCUUGGAAACGUGAAUGUCAACCUCCUGAGCAAAGAGUUGAAAGCUGAAUACAAAGAUGAGUACGAAAAGUUCAAGCUGUUUGUGACCAUGAUUAUGUUCCUGUUGUCCUUCUUGUGUCGCUUCUUCAUCGCCUACAGAGCUGUGGAUGCACUUCUGUACUUCAUGUUGGUGUGGUACUAUUGUACCCUGACGAUCCGUGAGAGCAUUCUCAUCAGCAAUGGGUCCAGGAUUAAGGGCUGGUGGGUUGUCCACCAUUAUAUUUCUGCCUUUCUGUCGGGAGUUAUGCUAACCUGGCCAGAUGGUGAAUUGUAUCAGUCGUUCCGGAACCCAUUUCUGGCCUAUUGUAUGUAUCAAAGCUUUGUGCAAUGUCUUCAGUACUACUAUCAAAGCGGAUGUCUCUACAGACUUAAAGCACUGGGAGAACGGCACAACAUGGAUUUGACUGUUGAGGGAUUUCAGUCAUGGAUGUGGCGUGGACUGACCUUUCUCCUUCCAUUUCUUUUCCUGGGUCAAUUUUGGCAGUUUUGGAAUAGCAUAUCCCUGUUCAGAAUGGCUCAGCUCCCCGAGUGUAAGGAGUGGCAGAUAUCCAUGUGUGGUUUCUGCUUUCUGGUUCUGUUUACUGGAAACUUUUUCACCACAGUUGCAGUUGUUCGUCACAAGCUCAAGAAUGAAAAGACCAAGAGGCUGUAAUUUUUCACUUUCCUUUAAAAAUUGCUGUGAAAACUCUCCCGUAAUUUUCUAAAAGUGUAGAUCGUACUUAAAAUGAUUAUUAUAGCAAAACUGUUAUUUAUACUUCCAUUAUCAUUAAAAGAGUAUGAAACGUACAUGUAAAAGAGUAAACAAUCUGUA